UCUUUAGAAGUUCAAUUCAUACAAUAUUCAGCAGUAAACUACAGAAAAUUCAGAAUCUGAAGUUCUGAAAUUUUUUUUUAAUAGAAAAAAAAAAUACUGGUGAGAACCUUACUACUUGGGCGGUUGGUGGAAUAAAAUUCAACCAUGCAACCUCACCGUUGAAUAAAUACACACCUUUAAAAGGUUAUUUUUCUUAUUUAUUGUUUUUUUAUGGGCUUAGCAUGGUCCUCUAUAUUGCUCCUUCAAAAGGCACCAAGCUUCAUUCGCACAAGUAAAACUUCCAAUAAAGUAUCCUUCAUUCAAUGCCUUUCUAGCCAUUCCCUGGCUCCAUUGCCAUGAAGCUCAACCGCCUUUGCAUCAUCUUGCCGGCUGGCUUGGAUGAAAUAGCACCACAUGACCACCCCCAGGUCCCUCCAACUCCACCUGCCAAAGAAGAGGUCAAAAAACAUCAUCACCGUGGUGGCUGCGGGAGUCAAGUUCUAGCUUUCUUCGGUGAUUCACUACGCCGGUUGUAUGACUCGAAAUGGGUUGGCUGUUGUCAGCCAGAGAAACCAAAAAAACAACAGUUUGGUGCGUUUCACGACCUUGAGGGGAUCCAACUGUCUGAGAAGGUUGGUGGUGACAAUCCCAGGAUUUUCAGUUAUACGGAGCUUUUCAUUGGUUCUAAUGGGUUUAGUGAAGAUGAGAUUCUUGGAAGUGGAGGUUUUGGCAAAGUUUAUAAAGCAGUUUUACCUAGUGAUGGUACUGUGGUUGCUGUGAAAUGCUUGACUGAGAAAGGCGAACAGUUUGAGAAGACUUUUGAAGCUGAGUUAGUUGCAGUGGCACACCUACGACACAGAAACCUCGUCAGGCUAAGAGGAUGGUGCGUUCACGAAGAGCAGUUGCUUCUGGUUUAUGACUACAUGCCCAACCGUAGCCUUGACAGGGUGCUUUUCAGAAGGCCAGAAAACCUGACAGCGGCACCUCUUGAUUGGGAGAGGAGAAGGAAAAUAAUUGGUGGCCUGGCAGCUGCAUUACAUUAUCUCCACGAACAACUGGAGACUCAGAUCAUUCACAGGGAUGUAAAGACAAGUAACGUGAUGCUUGACUCUAAUUAUAAUGCUCGACUUGGUGACUUUGGAUUGGCACGUUGGCUGGAACAUGAACUUGAGUACAAAACCAGGACGCCUUCAAUGAGAAACCAACAAUUUCGCUUGGCAGAGUCAACAAGAAUUGGUGGCACUAUUGGUUAUUUGCCACCUGAGAGCUUCCGGAGAAGAAGUGUUGCUACUGCAAAAUCUGACGUCUUCAGCUUUGGAAUUGUUGUGUUAGAGGUGGUGUCCGGGAGACGGGCUGUGGAUCUCACAUACUCAGAUGAGCAGAUCAUUUUGCUUGACUGGAUCAGGAGGCUAUCCGACGAGGGGAAGCCUUUACAAGCAGGGGACCAUAGGCUCCCAGAUGGGUCAUAUGCGCUCUCUGAUAUGGAACGAUUGAUUCAUCUCGGGCUCCUCUGCACACUCCACAACCCACAACUUCGGCCUAACAUGAAAUGGAUUGUUGAACUACUUUCUGGAAAUAUUUCAGGCAAAUUGCCAUCUCUUCCUUCAUUUCAGUCCCAUCCUCGAUACAUAUCCUUAUCCUCCUCUUCUAAUACUAGCACUAGCAACACCAACACACCCACUUCCACCACCUCCACAGCCAGCUCCAACACUACAGUCACAUCCACUUCUUCAACCUUUGUCACAGCCAUCGGAGAAACUAUAUAUGCAACUGCAGAAUUCGGAACCUGUGAUUUUAGUCCUUCUGACAACGUAAGUCGUCGAGGAAGCAAGCACUUCAUGGUAGAAACUCCAAAGGAAAUAUCUUACAAGGAAAUUAUUUCUGCUACAAACAAUUUCGCUGACUCACACAGGGUAUCAGAGGUGGAUUUUGGAACUGCCUACCAUGGCAUCCUCGAUGAUGGGUAUCAAGUUUUAGUGAAGAGGCUUGGCAUGACAAAAUGCCCUGCAAUCAGAACACGAUUUUCAUCUGAACUCCAAAAUUUAGCCAAGCUCCGCCAUCGGAAUCUAAUACAACUACGUGGAUGGUGCACCGAGCAAGGAGAGAUGCUUGUUGUCUAUGAUUAUUCAGCAAAUCGUCUCCUCGGUCACCUCCUUUUCCAUCAUGAUAAUAGAGUUGGUCAUUCUAUCCUCCGAUGGCAUCACCGAUACAACAUCGUCAAGUCACUUGCUUCUGCCAUUCUUUAUCUUCAUGAGGAAUGGGAUGAACAAGUUAUCCACAGAAACAUCACCUCUUCUUCUGUCAUUCUUGAUUCAGACAUGAACCCACGACUCGGUAACUUCGCCCUUGCAGAAUUCUUGACGAGAAAUGACCAUGCCCAUAAAGCAGCCAGCAAAGGAAAUAAAUCAGUGCGUGGGAUUUUUGGUUACAUGUCACCAGAGUACGUAGAAUCUGGUGAAGCAACUCCAAUGGCUGAUGUCUAUAGCUUUGGUGUAGUGGUGCUUGAAGUUGUCACUGGACAGAUGGCAGUAGACUUCCGGCGACCUGAGGUUCUAGUGGUGAGUAGAGUUCAAGAGUUUGAGGCACAGAAAAGACCAUUGGAGGACCUCGUUGACAUAAGAUUGAACUGUGAGUAUGACCAUAGGGAAUUGAUGAGGCUUAUUAAAUUGGGAAUUGCAUGCACUAGAUCCAACCCAAAAUUAAGACCAAGCAUGAGGCAGACAGUAAGCAUUCUUGAUGGCAAUGACCAGUUCUUCAUGGCAGCAAAGCAAAAGAAGGAAAGCAGAGAGGAAUGGAAACAAAAGAAUGCUUCUUCCUUGUCAUUGAUUAAGGGAAUCCAAGCUCUAGGAAUUCAAUGAGCAAACAGAUGAAGACUGCUAGGUCUUUCAGACAAUUAAAAGUUCUUUUGUUCUUUUUGAUCUUCUAUUUUUGCAACAUCUACUCUAAAUAUAGAUGCUUUUCACAAUAGAUUUGUGUUUUUGAAUACAUCAACUCUACUAGUACUUCACUUUUUAAUGUACAAAAUUCAUCUGUAUAUAUAUAUAGCAUCAUCUAC